AUGUAUCUGCCGUUGAUCGUGUUGGUCGUCAAUAUUUUCUUGGCUUCAGCGCAAAGUGCAUUACAAAAUCUGAAAAACGAUGUGAAAGCCGGUCGUGUGCCGAUGCGUGGUGUUAACCUCGGAGGUUGGUUAGUGGCUGAAUACUGGAUGACAUCGGCUUCACCUGCUUGGAAUGGUGUUCCAACAAAUCUUGCCAAUCAAGGUGAAUACCAAACAAUGAAACAUUUAGGGCAUGCUAAAGGCGAUGUUCAAUUCAAAGCACACCGUGACACGUAUAUUACUGAACAAGAUUUUAGAGAAAUCGCUGCAGCUAAAAUGAAUACAGUUCGUAUACCUGUUGGUUAUUGGAUAACGGGUUUUGAUAAUCAACCAGGCGGUGAUCCCGAGGGAUGGAAAGUGUAUGCACCUGAUGGAAUAAAUUAUUUGGAUCGAGCUAUUCGUGAAUGGGCACCUAAAUAUAAUUUACUCGUAUUGAUUUCACUUCAUGCAGCUAAAGGUAGUCAAAAUGGUAAUGAUCAUAGCUCACCAGCUGAUCCAGGCAACUCUCAUUGGUCUCAAUAUCCUGAAAAUGUUCGCAAUACACUAGAUGCUGUCGAAUGGUUAGCACGACGAUAUAACAAUGAUCCCGCAUUUUUGGGCAUUGGUUUGCUCAACGAGCCGACUAGAACAACAAACGAAGGUGUUUUAAAGCAAUACUACUAUGAUGCGUAUGGUCGCAUUCGCCAAUUUUCUGAUUGUUUACUAACUGUCGCACCUUUACUUUACCAACAAGGACCAUACGAUAGUGACUGGGCCAAAUUUAUGCCACCACCUCAAUUUCAUGGUAUUCGUCAUGAGUGGCAUCGCUAUCAAAUUUGGGGAUACGAAGGUUGGAAUAAAGAUCGAUUGAUUAGUUAUGCCGAAAAUGACUUAAAGAAUGAUAUGAAAAAUUGGAAAGGUAAUUGGUUAUUCAUCGGUGAAUGGUCCAUUGCUUCGUCUGCAUCUUUUAAUGACGAUGAUUUACGACGUUAUGCUCGUGCACAAAUUGCCGCAUUCGCAGAGUCACCCGGUGGUUGGACAUAUUGGACAUGGAAGUUUUACAAUGAUGAUGGUUCAAGAAAUGCUUGGAGUAUGAGAGCAAUGCUUAAUCGUGGUCUUAUUCAACUGUAA